UAAUUAUUAUGGUUAUUCACAUCACUUGUUGUCUUGCUGCAUCUUCCUUCCCGUUCCCUUCAACCAAACAAACCCAAAAAAUAUAUGCACCCGCACCCGCACCCGCAUACAUACAUAUAAGAAGAGAGCUAGCUAGCUGUUGAUUCGUGAUUCUAGAUAGACGUGCUCUGUUGUAAUACGGCCUUCUGUUCUAUGCUUACGGGCUACACAACUCUCACUUCUUCUUCUUGGUAUCUCUGCAUAUACGUGCCUGGAGCCACCCGAUCAUGUUUUCCCCCCCAUUUUGAUCGGACGAUCGGAGUACUACACGAGUGCGGGCAUCUUGAACCCUAAUUUUGCCUUUCUUCGUCUCUCUUUCUCGACCCAUGUGUGGUGGAAGCGCUUAGGUUCUGGUUUUGUGUACAUUAGGUUCUCAAGGAACCCAGGGGGUGAAGCUUGCUCGGGUAUCUGGGGCUUUAGUAUUUUUCGCAAUUAUAACAAGAAAAAGAGGUGUGAUUGAUCCUAACCCUGUUUCUCUUCUAGCCUGGAGGGUUACGACUUUGGUUUUGAUUUGAUUUAGCACAAUCAAGUUCUGCAAUUUUACUUUUUCAUUUGGAGAUGAGUUAGAGUUUGUAUGCAAUCCGCGCGAGCUCGCCACAUUAAGCUUUGUAAUUUGGAAAGCCAGGAAUUUUGGAGAUUUCCACCCGAGUUUGUGGAAUUAUUUCGUUUGUAUCCUACAUAGAAGGCUGGGUUAAGUCUUGUGGAAUUGGCGAAAUUUGCGUUCGUUUCCCUGUAACUAUCAUUGGAAAUUUCAUAAUGAGCUUCGAAGAUGAAGAUCCAAGGUCCCUGGACAACGGUUCUGACAAUUCCGAUGAAGUUUUGUUGAAGAAGAAAAUCUGCUAUUCCAGAGUAUUUUUGCUGUCUUUGAGCAGUUUGGAUAUCUGCAAGAAGUUGCCUAGUGGGUUUGAUGAGUCACUGAUAAGUGAAUUUGAGGAUGCCUCUCAAAGAAUAACUGAUCGGCCAAGAUUUCCUGGGAGCUUCCCUCUUCAAGGUUUCAGAAGAAAUGAUUAUGGUUCAUCCCCUCCUACUCGAUCAGAUGCUGGUAGUUAUUCUAGGGGCACGUAUGGGAAAUGGGAAAACCGAUCAUCUGGUCAGAGCGAGCGGGAUAGUGACUCUCAGUCUGACAAUUCUGAUUCUGGAAGGCGACUCAGCCAUCAGACAAGACGAUCUUGGCAGAGUCCUGAACAUGAUGGGCUUCUUGGAAGUGGGUCAUUUUCCAGACCAUCUGGAUAUUCUACUGGUAUCACUGGUCCAAAGCUGCAAACCAAUGAGCACAAUCAACUGAGCCGAAGCAAUGAACCCUAUCAUCCUCCACGGCCUUUCAAGGCGGUACCUCAUUCAAGAAGAGAUACUGACUCCUAUAAUGAUGAAACGUUUGGUUCCGUAGACUCUACUAGCACAGAUAGAGCUGAGGAGGAGAAGAGGAGGAGAGCUUCUUUUGAGGUUAUGAGAAAGGAACAGCAACGAUCACUCCAAGAGAAGCAGAAAUUAACUUUGGACAAGCACAAAGCUGGUGUUCUCUCAGACUUGUAUGAGAUGGUCAUGGAUAGUAAAGAGGAAAAGGGACUUCUUAUCAGGAACAAUGAAUUGAUAGCUUCUGCUGCAACUUCCAUGUCAACCACUGAUUCAGAGAAACCUUCUUCUACUUCACAGUCUCCUGCAUUGAGACCACUUGUUCCACCUGGUUUUAAAAGUAAUUCUCUUGAGAAGAGUUCCGCGUUGAAGUCUCAAAUUUAUCCUACUUUGACUGAGGUGGAAUCCUUGGGCAAAACUGUAGCUGGGGAUGGUCUUGGAUUUGUAUUAGGAAAUGUCGUCCAAAAUGCCACUGGUGUUUUAGAGAAACAGCUAUCUCAAGAGAUAGGCUUAGUUGAGGGGCAGCCUGCAGAAAAGACACAUCACGCUCUCCUUUUGAACAAAGGAAAAAUUGCAAAUUUUUAUGGUAGUUUUGAUGAGCCCAACAAGAUACCUUAUAUGGAAGAUCAAUCAGGCCAACUUUCGGGUCAUUUGGAUUCUCUUGCUACCCACAAUGACUCUGGAAUUCCCAAACUCAAUGCUGGGUUAUUGGAGGAUAAAACUGUUGCAAACAAAAGUUCAACUUCAAUUUUGGAAAAUAUUUUUGGCAGCACGCUGUCAUUUCAUGAUGACAAAUUUAGCUUAGCUGAGACUCUUGACGGUAAACCCAAAGAUCCAUGGUUCCCUAGUCCUGCUCAAUCAUCAAAGUUUGCUCAAUGGUUUUCUGAGGAGGAACCAAAGGGGUCUAAUGACAUUUCUUCUGCAAGGCCAAAUGACCUGCUAUCAUUAAUAGCUUGCAGUGAUAAAGCUGAUGAGGAACCUGACCAAAUAUCCGCUAACAAAAAGGCUGAGCCCUUUCCAUCUGUACUUACAUGUGAAGACCUUGAACAAUCACUUUUAUCAGAAUACAGUUCAAAUACUACAAAACUGCAGUCCAAUUUUGAAAGUAGGAGCUCUACUGGUGCUUAUAUGGAACAACCAAGUACACAUGUUGAUGAUCAUGCUUCUCUACGCCUUCUCUCUAUGUUGCAGAAGAACACGAGCCAUGGAAACCUGGUCAUAAAUUCUGGUAUUGAGACAAAUUCAGCUGAUAAAGGGCUAGUUCUUGGUGAACAUGACAUGGCAGCAGCAGCAGCAGUUAACGAGCCUAAAGGACAUGAGGGUAUUCAAUUUUCACAUAACUUGGGAAAGACACUCACUCUUGAAACUCUUUUUGGAACUGCUUUUAUGAAGGAGCUGCAAUCAGUUGAAGCGCCUGUUUCUGUGAAAAGGGAUUCAAGUGAUUCUCCACGAGGGGAUGCAUCAGAGUCUCUUGGACUUGCAUUUCCUAUAUCAGAUGAUGGCAUUUCUUUUCCAACUGAUAGAAGUGGGCUUCAAAAGUCAGAUUAUGACCAUAGUAUGCCUUUAAACGAUAGAAAAAACAUAAAGCUGAAUGAGGCUGAUAACUGGCUUGGGAUUUCUCCACCAAGCGUUAAUACCGUAGCAGUACCUAGACAUGGUCGAUCUGAAAUUUUUGAUGAUUUUCAACCGCCUAAAGAGGACAACCUGAUUUCUUUAAGUAACAUCAAUGUUUCUCAGGUGCCAGCUGGUAAUUUAAUCAAUGCUUCACAAGUCUCUUCGGAUACACCUGUCAACAUAGCUGAGAAACUGGCAGCUCUAGUUUCUGUUAAGGACAAUUGGAGAAUGGGAGGUUCAGAUACUCUUCCAUUGACGCUUGAUUCUUACAACCAAAUAGAACCGCCUGAAAAUCUUCAGUUGCAGCAAUCAUCAUCAUUGUUUCAGCCUCCACAAAUGACUCAAGUAGGUCCAUUGUAUCCUCACUUGGAACCUCACCCUUCUCAACUGAGCUCGCAGAUGAAUAUGUUCAGUCCAGAGGGUAUUUUCAAUCAUGAGUCUCUCCCUAUUCAGCAAUUUUCUUCAAGUAUGCCCCGGCCUCCAUUUCAGCGCCCAAAUGUGGGGAUUCCUGGAUAUGAUGUUCUUUCUCAACAGUCAGUGAUACAUCAGAUGCAAAUGCCUGUCCAUCCUCCACCACAUAUGUUAACGGACUUUCCAAGGGGAGGCCCCGUCCCUCAUCACAUCAACCAAGCGAAUGGCUUUAUCCAGGAAGUGAACCAAAUGCAAGGUUUCCCUUUUGGGCCACAGCACCAGCCUAACACUGGCAGCCGGGGGAUUCUAAUGCCUGGCAAUCCCCCCGAAGCCUUUCAAAGGCUUAUGGAGAUGGAGCUCCGAGCAAAAUCAAAUCAAAGGCACCCUUUUCGCCCCGAUCCUAGCCAAGGGGUGUAUGGUCAUGAGGUGGACUUGGGUUUCCAAUACAGAUGAAAAUGGACAGCGAAGUUACUCAGUGCCAGUGAAACGCCAGUGAAACCACCGCCCCGAUCUUGAUCUACCGUGCAAAAUGCCAUUGCUGUCGAGGGAAUAUACAUACAUACAUACAUACAUAGUAUCUGUCUCGUGACUAAACUUCUGUAUAUGUUCUUGAGUAGAUGAGACGGAUUGCUGGAGAACACAUAAGUGCAUCCCGAAUUAACUGGACCGCCGUGGAUAUGAAUGAAUGAAUGCAUUCGUGUCUUUCUGCUUUUC